CUCAAGCUGUGUUCGGUAUAGAGGACAUCCGUGUCGACUGAAAGGUGGAAAACGAAACAUCACAUUUCUUGCGAUGAAAAUAAAGUGGUGGCUCUGUAUUUUAUGGAGAGUAUUUUCACUUAGUAUUGCAAUAUCUACAUCGGGUAUUUAUGGGUCUCCAUCUGUUUCACGUCCAGUUGGCAGGAGAAAAGUCCUCAAACUGGGCACAUCACAAGGCGUUGGUGACUUAUCCACAGCAAACAGAAAAUCAAGCCCGAGGAUACUCUCUCACAGUAUCUCAUUCAGAACACCCCAACUCACACCAGCGCCUGUAAGGAUAUAUUCCUCUCCACCACCACAGAUCCAGCGCCCUACGCUUCUCGAUAGGCCUGUACCAAAGUCUCAACGUGAUUUUGCUACGCUCCCGGACGUUUCGGUUACGUGUUCCAGUGGUGACUUCGUGGUCCGGGUCAAACGGGAUUUUUAUGGUUUUGAGGCCGACACAGAGGAGUUGACGCUGGGGAGCACCUGCAAGAGUAACGGUGUUCUCAUGCCUUAUGGUGACUUGCUCUUCUCUUAUCCAUUGAUGGAGUGUGAUGGCAAACGGCAGAUGCCACCGGGUUAUCUCAUCUAUACAUAUGUGCUCCAUUACACGCCUCUGACCUGGUUCCCACGCAGAGCGCAUCGCUUUAACGUGCAGGUCGAGUGUCGGUUUCAAAGGUAUCAUCAUGUUAAUCAGCUGGUGGUGCGCCCUACGUGGGAAACACACACCGGGCUUAAAAAACUAAAGGGGCGCGUUAACUUCCGAAUCCAGCUGAUGGACGAUGCAUGGGCCAUGCCAGCCAAGUCCCAGGUGUACAUGCUGGGACAGACCAUUAAUUUCCAGGUUUCUGCACUUAAUCUAUCCCAUGGAGGAAAGCUUUUCAUCAACCACUGCUAUGCCACAACAUCUAAAGACCGCAAGACAUCCCUCAAGUUCACUGUCAUUGACAACUUUGGCUGCAUGCUGGAGAGCCAGAAGAACCCUGGUGGCUCUCAGUUUGUCUCCCCCAGGACUGAUGACACCCUCCGGUUCUUCCUCAGUGCCUUCCAGUUCACCUCUGACCCAGACACACCGGUCUUCCUUCACUGUAAACUGCAUGUGACAUCAGAGGAAACUGGCCCCAUACACAAGUCUUGCACCUACCAAGAGAACAGGUGGAAAGCUGUUAUGGGAGAGGAUUCCAUCUGUGACUGCUGUGACUCCAAAUGUGUGACACCGAAACCCAGAAGAUCCAUGGUGAAGGGGUUUGCCAGCAGCGGGCCUCUACUGCUCUUAGAUCAGCCAUCCGCACCAAAGGGUGGUUUCCCACCAGUCAGUCCCUCACUAGUUGAAGACACUGUCUGGUUUGAGACCAAAAUGGAUGAGUUUGACAACCCAGAUCUACUGGAAACCAUUGAUGUGGAGAAGUAUUGUGAUAAGGAAGAGGGUUAUACUCGUUCCAAGGAGGAUGAAUCAGUGCCAUUGGAGGGUGAGGAGUCAGUGGUUCAGACUGUGUUUAGAAAGGGGGAGAUAUUUGAGGGCACACAGGGGUCAGGUGUGAGGGAUUCGGAGUUGAUAAGGGGAGAGGGGUCAGGGUUUAGAGCUGAGGGGACAGGGUUGCGACUAGAGUUUCCAUGGGAGAGGGCAGAGUUGAGAGAGAGGAAUCCAUGGGAAAGUAAGGGAUCAGUGUUGACCGAGGAGGGCGCCAUUGAAAGGCAAUGGAUGCAUCCACAGGAGGAGUCCUCCCUGGGAUCAGAGAUGGGGGGAAUGUCUGUAUCACAGGAAGAGGUGGUUUCACAGUCCAUGGAGGAAUGGGGAUUUGGGGUGGGUGAGGCGCAACCACUUGUGAUUCCUGAGGAUGAGGGGAGGGAAGGAAGAGUGGAGUCUGGGGAAACCGAUGAGGAUGACAAGACGUUUCCACUCUUCUCUGAGACUGGUGAGGAGAUCAUUAGUGAUUAUGACGGGCUGGUAGAGUCCGGGAUUGACGGUGGGAAAGACUUGCCCGGGGUUUGGCAUUUCAAGUGGUGAUGGGGUCAGUGACUGAGACCAUACAGUGGUUCAUUCUAAUCUUAACCAUAGACUUCUACUAUGGUACACCACUGACACAGUUGAAAUAAAUAGUCAAUGCAACUCUUAAUUUCUUAAUCACCAGAUGGAAUGGGAAGUCUUUCUACAAGAUUUGUUUUACUUUGACUUAAACAUUUGAGGAAGUAAACUUUUCAGCCAAAAUUACAAAUCCUUUCCUUGUCUUUAUCUCAAAGCAGGAAAUGCACAUAACGGUAGGUGAAGGAUACUGAUAAGGUAAUGACAUCAGUAGGCCCACUGUUUUCCCAGUCAGACAUUACAUUAAUAAAUUUGCCCUACAAUGUUUGUACAUACUACAUGAUUUUUCUGAGCAUGCUAACUAGGGUCAUUGUAAAAUGUGAACAUGGGAUAACAAACCAACCACUGCUAUUCAAGCAGUAUCCACAAUAUCUCCGCUAAGUGUGUCAUAAGUGCUAUAAAGGAAGUUAAUGUUUGUUUCCCUGUCACACUGACUGAGAAGCUUUGGUUGAAAAUGUUCCAGAUCACACCCACUGCAUUGCCUCACCUUGAUUGAGCUAAUAAACUGACUGGUACAGAAAGCUAUGGGUGAUAUUUUUUACAUUUCAUUAACCUGACAUGGAGACUGUAUUACUCACUUUCAGACUAUUACUGU